AUGAGGAGGCUAGUGGUUCUCGCUUUUCUGGUAGCUCGCGCCUAUGGAUGCGGCUUUCCCAGCUUCCCUCCCGUGCUGAGCAGGGUGGUGGCGGGACAGGAUGUCCGGCCUCACAGCUGGCCCUGGCAGAUCUCGCUCCAGUCGGACAGCAGUGGGCGCUGGAGGCACGUCUGUGGAGGCACCCUCAUCUCUUCUGACUGGGUCCUCACUGCUGCACACUGCAUCAAUGACCGUUACAACUACAGAGUGGAGCUGGGUAAACACAGCCUGAAGACCAGCGAGCAGGGCUCGAUAGCCCGCAGAGCAGCCACAAUCAUCACUCAUGACGACUACAACUCCAUGCUCAGCCGUAACGACAUCGCCCUGAUCAAGCUGUCCUCCCCUGUCACCUUCUCCGACGCCAUCACGGCCGCCUGCGUACCAGACCGGGGCGUGGUCCUGCCCCACGGUUCCCCCUGCUACGUCACCGGCUGGGGUCGACUCUCCACCAGCGGCCCUCCGGCUGACAUCCUGCAGCAGGCUCUCCUGCCAGUGGUUGGCCACGAUGCCUGCUCACAGCCCGACUGGUGGAGCGUCCUGGCAACAGACAAGAUGGUCUGUGCCGGAGGUGACGCCGUCACAGCUGGCUGUAAUGGAGACUCUGGCGGUCCCCUGAAUUGCCAGAACCCUGAUGGCUCCUGGGAUGUCCACGGUGUGGUGAGCUUCGGUUCUGGCCAGGGCUGCAACGUCCUCCAGAAGCCCACUGUCUUCACACAAGUCAGCUCCUAUAUCGACUGGAUCACCACCGUGAGGAACAUUUUCCUUUUGCGAUUACCUUGCCAGCAUAACCAAUGGACCUGA